AUGGUUACUUUGUACUGUGUCGUUGUUGGUGUGGCUGGGAGCGCGUUCCCUGUGGACAUUGACGAGAACAAGUCGGUGGGGCACUUGAAGAAAGCGAUCAAGGAGGAGAAAAUGUACCAGUUUCCUGCCGAUGAGCUGAAGCUCUUCCUGGCGAAGGCGGGGGGCAACGCAUGGCUAUCGAGCCUCACUGAAGAAGUGAAGAAGCUGAAAAAGGGCGAGAAGACUGCUCUCGUCAAAUCUAUAACGCAAGAAGAAAAGGAGCUGCAGGGAGAGGAUCCGAUUUCUGAGUGUCUGGAAGGCAUGGAUCCCCCGAAAGUGAAACAGAUUCACGUGCUGGUGGCGUUGCCUCCUGGGACAAGUAGUGCGCCUAUUUCUGAUGGGACGGACUUGUGGCUGUCGAAAUUUCAACAUAGUGAAGUUGCAAAACUUACGCUACUGCCGACACGCGGAGAUCUAAAUGAAUUUAUCGGACAACCUCUCCCUGUAAAGAUUGGGUUACCGCAGUCUGUGUUUCAAGCUUGGUCGAGUCCAUUGAUACUAGGCCAACUCCUUCGAGAUAAAUUGUUCGAGCUAAACGACAUUUCGCCGUGCGAAUUUUUAAAAGAUUCGGUGUUUAGCGCUGCGUUCCUGUACCCGCAGGUGGAUGGGGAUGCCACAGAGAGUGCAUUUCAUUAUUUCUGGGAUUCAAUUAUCCGUGUGGUGCUCGGGUUUGUGUUUAGGCGUGCUUACGUCAACUACCGAGAAAUAAAUAUUUGCUCCUUUUAA